CUACGCUAGUGAAGUCAUGUACUGUCAGUUACCAACUAAUUUAAAAUGUUUGUUUCAUUACUUUAAAUGUUUAUAAUAUUUAAAUAAAAUUGUGACUUUCUCCGGACACCCGUACGACUAGUUUGAUAACUUAUCGGCUUCAACCAUAGCGAAACCUACACAAGUGUGAUGAUCUUUGUGAGACAAGAGUUCAUUUUAAUUGUUUCAUUUGCCAUCUUAUACAAAAUACCACAAUAGGGAGUUAAAUUACCAUUCACAGACGACGAAGAUGCGGAGGGAAACUGUUGGAAAUGUCAGAUGGGAGAACCAAGUGCGUAAAGCCGUGGUUACCGCCCCUGAUCCAUUAAUUCUGUUAAUUCCCCCGAUGUUGUUUGGUAAACAUCAUAAUUACAGGGUCAGUUCUUGUUUUAAACUGACAUUCAGGGGAUCCAGUUAAAUAGAGAUGGUUGUUGCUAAUUAUCUGUGGUAAGAAAUAGCUACAACAUUUUUUAUUAUGUCGAUGUGAAAAAUCUAAAUGAAGGUUUGUUGUAAAAUAUAGAAGUUGUGUUGAAGCUGUCAUUGUCCAGUCUGAGUUGUGACUACUUGAAUCUAUCGUGACAUCUUCAUUGGCUCUGUAUUAAUAUAAUAUCAGAUGACAUUGGCAUAAAAGAAUAUUAUUUACCUGAGAUCCAUCAAUAUUUAUCAUCUUUUCAAGACAAACAGAUGUCAUACACAACAGAUAUGAACCCUCAUUUUAUAAAUCCAUCCUAGAAUUACUGUGGAAUAUUGGCUCUGAACAGAAUUUUUAUACAAAAUGCUCUCCAAUUCACAGACUGCAUUUGUGUUAUAAUGAUUUGAUAUCGAAAUUAAAGCUGAUUUACAAAGGAAUUUGCAGCAUCUUCAAAUAUUGACAAAAAUCACAGUUGAUAGAAAUAUAGCCGAAGAAAUCGGAAUAAAAUAUAUAAAUAAAGGGAAGAAGAACUUUUAUAUUUAUUGUGGUGAGAGAGAAACAAGAAUGGAAGACGAAUUGUGUGAGAAAAAGAUUAAAUGUGAAGCAGAGUUUGAAAUUAUUGAUUUCCCUGAGAAUAUACAGAAAGAGAAAGGAAAGACAUUCUAUCAGUGUGAUAUCUGUAAGAAGACAUUCUCUGAUAAACGUACAUUAACUACACACAAACACAUUCAUGCAGGAGAGAAAAAAUAUCAGUGUGAUAUCAGUGGUAAAUCAUUUCCUCAAGAUCAGAACUUGACUGUUCACAAACAUAUUCACACAGAAGAGAAACCAUAUCAGUGUGAGAUCUGUGAUAGAUCAUUUUGUCAGAAAGACGAUCUAAUUACUCACAAACACAUUCAUACAGGAGAGAAAAAAUAUCAGUGUGAUAUCUGUGAUAAAUCAUUUAAUCAAAAUCAGAACUUAAUUGUACAUAAACGCAUUCAUACAGGAGAGAGACCAUAUCAAUGUGAUAUCUGUGAUAAAUCUUUCUGUCAGAAAGGCGAUCUAAUUAGACACAAACGCAUUCAUACAGGAGAGAAACCAUAUCAGUGUGAUAUCUGUGGCAAAUCAUUUCCUCGGAAUAGUGAGUUAACUCCUCACAAACGUAUUCAUACAGGAGAGAAGCCAUAUGAUUGUGAUGUAUGUGGUAAAUCAUUCUCUCAAAAAAUUAACCUAGUUACUCACAAACAUAUUCAUACAGGUGAGAAACAUUAUCAGUGUGACAUCUGUGGUAAACCAUUUGCUACAAGUGAUGAUUUAAGUAGGCACAAACGUAUUCAUACGGGAGAAAAACCAUAUCACUGUGAUAUCUGUGGAAAAUUAUUCUCUGAUUGUUCUAGCUUAUCUAGACACAAACAUAUUCAUACAAAGGAGAAGCCAUAUCAUUGUGACAUCUGUGGUAAAUCGUUUCCUGCAGCAAGAAUUUUGAAUAUACAUAAAGAACUUCAUACAAGAGAGAAACCGUAUCACUGUGAUAUCUGUAGUAAAUCAUUCCGUUCACCUAGUUUCUUAACUAAACACAAACGCAUUCAUACAGGAGAGAAACCAUAUGACUGCGAUGUGUGUGGUAAGUUAUUUUCUCUGAAGCAUCACUUAAUAAUACACAAACGUAUUCAUACUGGGUAUAAACCACAUUGCUGUGAUGUCUGUGGAAAAUCGUUUUACCAGAACAGUCACUUAACUGCUCACAGGCGUAUUCAUACAGGAGAGAAACCAUAUCACUGUGAUAUCUGCAGUAGAUUAUUCUCUGAUUACUCUAGCUUAUCUAGACACAAACAUGUUCAUACAGGAGAGAAGCCAUAUCAUUGUGAUAUCUGUGAUAAAUCAUUCUCUCAAAAAGGCUCCUUAAGUAAACACAUACGAAUUCAUAGAAAACAGUAACGAGCUCAUUAUCAGAAUGGAGUUUGUGAUAAAUGCAGUGCAUGAUGUAGAAUAUUUGUUCAUGAUGAUCAAAUGAAUUUUUCCCACUUUUUCAAAUUUCUUCAAUGAAUAAUUUUCUGAAUACUUCCUAAUAUUCAGAAAACUUACUGGAGAAACAAACAAGAAAAGACAAAUUUACUCAUCAAAAAUUGAAAACAACAUAUUUACUGCAUUGUGUUUAUGAAAACUAUCAAGAUUCAUCGAAUGAAAAAUUGUGCAUGAUAAAACUAUAAAUAUGUAUUCACGUCUCCAAGAAGAUAUCACAUUAUAUUUUGUAUAGUUACAUAAAUAUUUUUUUGUGUAAGGUAACUUUCCUCUGUGAUAUGUUUAAUAAAGCUUUGUAAAUAUUCUUAAUUACUUGAAAUUGAAAUAAAUCUGGU